AAAUCUUCCAAAUAUUCGAAUUCCUUACAGAAUUGCCAGUUCUGCACAUCUGGCGAAAAUGAGGAUAAACUCUUGCUGUGCGAUGGCUGCGAUAAGGGUUAUCAUACCUACUGUUUCAAACCGAAAAUGGAGAAUAUACCCGAUGGUGAUUGGUAUUGCUAUGAGUGUGUUAAUAAGGCUACUAAUGAACGUAAAUGUAUUGUUUGUGGCGGUCAUCGUCCCGCACCGGUUGGCAAAAUGAUCUAUUGUGAUUUGUGUCCUCGUGCAUAUCAUGCCGAUUGUUACAUUCCUCCACUGUUGAAAGUGCCGCGUGGCAAAUGGUAUUGUCAUGGUUGCAUUUCAAAGGCACCACCACCGAAAAAACGUUCCUCCACUAGUAAACCUCGCCGUGAACGUGAUUCAUCCGCCUCGCUAUCGAAACGCAAAGAUAAACAUCAUAAUACAUCGUCCAGUUGUGAACAGUUGAAUACAUCGGCCGAUCAUCAUAAUAUUCAUAAUUCAUCGCAUGAUGAGUCGAUGACAUCGCUGCCGGCACCGUUGAG